CCGCCCAGUCCAUCUUUACAGGCAGGUUCACCCACUCUGUCCACAGCAAAAACAAAAAAGAACGUUAAGACUUCAGAGCACAACGCCGCACUAGGACCACGGGGAAGUUAUUUUAGCUCUCUCAGAGAGACAGUAAUCUACAAUUUGCAUGCGCAUGCAAAACCAAACCAGGCGGCGCUUGUGUUCGAAACUGGAAACAUCGAAUGGUGAUCUGACAGCCGAAGACAGAGCUCAGUGGCAAUGGGGGCAUUUCAUUCUGUCCCGGACGAUCAUCAGUAUCGCAUUUUGUCUGAAAAGACAGGCUUUUCACUGGAGCAAACUGAGAUUCUUCAUAAUCGCUUCAAGCAGUUAAGCCACAACAGUGAUGUCCUACGGCGAGAUGAUCUCAACACAAUUCCAGACCUAGCGUGCAACCCCAUUCGAUCCCAGAUUGUAGAGGCUUUCUUUGACAGAAGAAACUUCCAGAAAGAUGGUAAUGGCCCAGUUCAAGAGAUUGGCUUUGAGGAGUUCCUCAUUGUCAUGUCCUACUUUAGACCACCAUCGGUGCAUAUGACGGAGGAGCAGAGAGAAGAACUAAGGAGAGCCAAACUGCGCUGUAAGAAUGCAUCUACAAUACUUAAAGUCCUAUUUAACAUGCACGACACUGACAAUGAUGGGACCAUAACGCUGGAAGAAUACAGACAUGUGGUGGAGGAGCUACUCUCUCGGAGUGGAUCACUAGGGAAGGAGACAGCCAAGGGCAUUGCAGAUGCUGCAAUGCUGGAGGUUGCCAGCAUGUCGAUGGGUCGCAUGGGUCCAGAUGAAUUUUAUGCAGGGAUCACAUUUGAGCAUUUUUUGAAGAUUCUCAAAGGGAUAGAAAUUGAAACGAGGAUGCACAUUCGCUUCUUAAAUAUGGAUACAACGCUUCUCUGCAAGUGAUGGUGGACAACUGAACUAAAGUUUAAUUCAAAGGUACAUAACUUUUAUCUGCACUAUAUCUGUAGCAUUAAAUUGGCAAAGAACUGUUGCACAGCUGUUGUACAUAGUUCUAUGAACUAAUGUGCGGUCCCAGAGUUUGUAUUCACAACAUUGAGUUUGGCAUGUUUAAGUACAUGGACUGUUAUGUCUGCUGAUAUUUAGACUUGUGUAGACUUUGCAUGUGCACCACUGUAUACCACCAAAGUUCAUUGAUGAGUUGCAUGGAGAGUCAACUCAUACUUUUAACUAAUCUGAUGCUGUCCAUCUUCGCACUUUUAAGCAAUAUGAGUAGAAUUAUUUGAACUCAUUUAAAUGUGUGUUCACUGCCUUUAAUAGUUCUAUUUCUCUUGAUGCAAAAACAGGUAAUUUAUUCAGGGGCAUGUCAAGUCUAGAAUAGCAAUAAAGAAUCAUUAUAAAUCAAAUGCUUUAAACAUAUGCUUUAAAUGCUGAAGAGCUGAAUGCCUUUGUUGUUCUGAUGUAUGCACUUUACAUUGUUAUAUUAAUAUACAAUUUGAAAAACCUCA